AAAGCAACAAGCAAUUAAUCAGAACCACUAAUUCAUCCUGGCCAAGCUGGAGAGAGAAUUAACCUUGCCAUUGGUGCUCGUUUGCAAACUUCCAGCCCAACAAAACAAAACAAAAAAUUCUCUUGCAAUUGCAAACAAAAACACAAAAGCUUGAGAGGAAAAGCAAGAGAAGAAAAAAAUGGGCAGCAAGGAAAAGUUACGUACUUCUCAAAAAAUUUCAAUUGUUGGACCAUGCACUCUCAAGUUAAAAGAGCUUUUUGGAAAAUUAGCAAAAUAUGCACUGGGUUUCUUCUUAAUGUAUGCUCUCUGCAAUGUUUCCCACUUCUUGUUAAAGCCAUAUUCUCAGCCUCGCAUUACCUCCGACACCGUUAUAGGACUGCUGAUCGGAAACUUAGGGUUCAUACGCAACCUAGUAACGGAUUCAGCCAGGAAAACGUUGAAUUUUAUAGUUGAUUUUGGCAUGAUCUGCUAUAUGUUUGUGUUAGGCAUAGAAAUGGAUCCAUAUGUACUCUUUAAAGAACCAACCAAGGAUGCUAAAGUGGCCUAUGGUGGUAUGCUCUCCACAUUCAUCCUAGCCUGCGCUAUAACACCAUUUCUGCAGUUUACAGAUGGCGGUUUCAAGGUUGACUUCACUCUCUCCCUCUCCACCGUUCUCUCUAGCACCGCCUCUCCUGUACUGACACGUCUCAUAACGAGUCUCAAAAUAGGCAAGUCGGACAUAGGCCAGCUUGUCAUUUCUGCAGGAAUGCACGCUGAUUUUGUAUCCACUCUUCUCCUCUCAAUUGGCUAUGUCUUUUGGCCUGUUGAUUCUGGAGGGAAAGUUGUAGAGACUUCAAAACGCGUCCGAAGAUCCAUUGAGAUGGGUUCUGCAUUGGUGAUCCAGACACUUUUUGCAGGCUAUGUUUCACCAAUCUUCAUGAACUGGGUUAACAACGAAAACCCCGAAGGCAAACCCAUCAAAGGUUCACAUCUAGUGCUUGCUCUUGCUUUCAUGGCCUUGAUCAUUUCCUGCUCACCAAUUUAUGGAUACAAUCCGGCCUUGAGUGCAUUUAUGGCAGGAACCUUUUUACCGAAGGGGGGGAGAGUAUCGAAAUGGGUGAUCGGCAAGAUCAAUUACUUGUUAUCUACCAUUUACUAUCCCAUUUUUUUCUUCUGGAUGGGUUAUGAAGCUGCGUUCAAGGAAUUUCAACCCGGCCAGUUUGGGACAUGGGCAAGGUUAUUUGUACUUUUUGGUAUAGCAACAGUAGGAAAAGUUGCUGGAACUGUCCUCUGCGGAAAGCUGUUGGGGUUUCACUGGCCGGAAUCUAUUGCACUCGGGCUUCUUCUCACCACCAAAGGCCAUUUUCACAUAUACUUGGCCAUUGCUGCAAAACAAGCUGGGAAAACAUCUACUUCAACCGGCACUGUGAUGGUAAUAGCUAUAUUUUUCACGGUUGUGCACGCCCCAUCAGUUGUGGCACAAAUCAUCAAGCGUGCAAGGAAACGGGCACCUACUCAUCGAAUGUCACUUCAGUUGCUUGACCCUUCAAGCGAACUCCGCAUAUUACUAUGCCUUCAUGGGCCUCAAAAUGUUCAAACUAUGAUAAACUUCAUUGAGAUAUCUAGAGGGACAGCUGACCCUGGAAUUGUGGUAUAUGUAACAGACAUGAUAGAACUCACUGACGAAAUUGCAGCCACACUGGUAAAAGAAGAAGGGGCGGACACCAUGACUGUGACUCACACAAGAGUGAAAGACAUGAGAGAUCAAGUCACUUCUGCAGUUCAAGCAUAUGUAGCGGAGAGUGGAGAUGGUAUCACACUCAGACGAUUGCUUGCACUUUCGACUUUCAGUGGCAUGCCCCAGGAUAUUUGCAUUUUGGCAGAGGACUCAAUGGUAGGCCUCAUCAUCUUGCCAUUCCACAAGGUUCAACGCGCAGAUGGAACCUUGGAUAACGGAAAUUCUGCUUUCAGAUAUGUGAACCGUAAGAUCCUCAAGAAUGCUCCGUGCUCCGUUGGGAUUCUUGUAGACAGAGGUCUUGGACUGAUUGAAAAACUACCAAGAACACAAGAUCAUUCUGUUAGCGUGGCAGUCAUCUUCAUUGGUGGCAAAGACGAUAGAGAAGCACUUGCCUAUGCUGGUCGCGUAGCACGACAUGCGGGUGUAAAGCUCACAGUCAUAAGAUUCUUGGUAGAUGCUAGCUCAGAGGCCACAGUCAGACCUGGAAAUUACACUGUCAGCCGUUCUGAGCAAGAAGAGGAAAUGAAGCUUGACGAUGAGUGUUUCGCAAGCUUCUACGAGAGACGUAUCGCAUGUGGACAAGUUGCUUACGUUGAGAAGCAUAUGGCCAAUUCUGCUGAGACCUAUUCUACCUUGAGGGAACUGGAUGGGCAGUACGCGCUCAUUAUAGUGGGACGAGGGGAAAGGGUGAAUUCGAUUCUGACAUUUGGGAUGAAUGACUGGCAGCAAUGUCCGGAGUUGGGGCCAAUCGGGGAUGUCCUUUCGGGCUCUGAUUUCUCAGUCAGAACCUCAGUCUUGAUCAUCCAAGAAAACACUCUAAAAGGACAACUGGAUGGGCUUGAAGAUGAUUUUUCGAUCAUGUAA